ACGUGAGUCGAGCGACCUCGCGCGAGAGUUUGUAUUUCUCGCGAGACUUCACCGUCUCUGUCUUUUCCUCCUUCCAGUGCCCGGCGUUCCUCACCUCCCCCUCGCCGCCGACCGAGUUCUUCCUUUUCAGACCGGGUCGCCUUGCUGUCGUCGCGGUGAUUUUCCUGCUACUGCUACUGCUGCUGCUGCCGCCGCCACUACCACUGGGCUCAUUUGCCCCGACCCCUUCCCGCCGCCCCGCCCCCAGCCCCACACAAGAUGUCAGAGGAUUUAGCAAAGCAGCUGGCAAGCUACAAAGCUCAGCUCCAGCAAGUUGAAGCUGCAUUAUCUGGAAAUGGAGAAAAUGAAGAUUUGCUAAAAUUGAAGAAAGAUUUACAAUGGCUCUCUGCAUCCCCGAAACGCCUUCCUUCAGUAAGCAGAGUGCUUGAGUGCACCCCAUUUGACCUGCUGAUAUGUAGAUCACAACACCUGAUGCUUCCUGGAAUUGCCGAUUACUGUAACUGCUGCCCAUCUGUCGAUGAAGGAGCAGUUUCAGAACUCAGACUUGAGGGAGGAAAAGUAAUUAAUGGAAGUUAUAGAACUAACCAAAGACCUUCUGUCAACUCAACCUUCUGAGACGCUUGCAAGUUCAGACAGUUUUGCUUCUACUCAACCUACUCAUUCAUGGAAAGUAGGAGACAAGUGUAUGGCAAUCUGGAGUGAAGAUGGACAGUGUUAUGAAGCGGAGAUUGAGGAGAUAGAUGAAGAAAAUGGCACCGCUGCAAUCACCUUUGCUGGUUAUGGCAAUGCUGAAGUGACUCCGCUGUUGAACCUCAAGCCUGUAGAAGAAGGAAGGAAGGCAAAGGAGGACAGUGGCAACAAACCCAUGUCAAAAAAAGAAAUGAUUGCCCAGCAGCGUGAAUAUAAAAAGAAGAAAGCUUUGAAAAAAGCUCAGAGAAUAAAAGAACUUGAGCAGGAAAGAGAGGACCAGAAAGUGAAAUGGCAACAAUUCAACAACAGAGCCUAUUCUAAAAACAAAAAAGGCCAGGUAAAGAGGAGUAUUUUUGCUUCACCUGAGAGUGUGACUGGUAAAGUUGGAGUAGGAACCUGUGGAAUUGCUGAUAAACCUAUGACACAAUAUCAAGAUACCUCUAAAUACAAUGUCAGGCAUUUGAUGCCUCAAUAAUCAGAAAAACUGUUGGAUUUCAUCUCUGCAGGGCUUUACAUUUACCUUUUUAUCCUUAUAUUUUUCUAAAGGUAAAUUAUUUGUUAGAUGAGUAAGCAAGAUACCAUUGUCGUCAUUGGUUGGGUUCAGUAGAAUGAAACGUGAAGAAAUUGCAUUUGAUAACUGCUAUUCAUUUAACUUUUCUCAUUAUCAGUACCACGGUUCCCUCAAAGUUUGUUGAAUAAAGCAACUUUUGUAGAUGCUGUUUCAUACAGCACUUAGAUGAAUUAUUGAUCUUCCUAAUAUCAGGCGCCUACUUAACCUAUGGUAUGUACUUUUUGUAAGUUGUAACUUGAAAUUUUCAGAUGCUUUGAACUUGACACAUACUCUAGCAAUUCAUUGGAACACCAAGGCAAAAACACCAACCUGCUAAAAGAGAUCUUUUCAUUUUUCUUAUUUUCAGCUUUAAAACUUAGCUGUCGUUCAGUUAAGCUUAAAGAUAGGUUAAUUUGUAAAUGACAAAGUUUGUUUUGAGGUUUUUCCUCAAUAACUUGUUUCCCAGCCCUAUUAGGCCAUCUCUAAAAUUGAUCUAGCUGUUUUAUUUUUAUGUACUCUUAGUUUUAUGUAAGAAACCUUAGAAUGAGCUCCCUUUUCUAAGGUGUUUUUGUUUUUUGUAUGUUUGCUUUUUUCCUGUUUUUUGUUUUUUCCAUUUAUGGCAGUGGUACCAUGUUUUGGAUGUGUGAUGUUUAUAUGGGAGAACAAAAAGCUGAUGUAUAGCCCUGUAUACAGUGUAGAUACUAUUUUUGUAAAAACACAAGGCUAAAUUAAUGAACAAGAAUACUGAAUAUUUCAUCAUUAAAAAUUUCUUGUAUUUCUUGUGCAUUAAUCUGACGAUAAUUUCCCUGUAUAUUAUGUUCAUUUAGCUGUUUGUAAUUUUUGUUAAUUAGAUCAGGUUGUCUGCAUUUGUUGGUGUAAGUGAACAUCAUCACAGUUAUCCUGAGUUGAGUUUAAGCCAAAUACAUGCAUAGAAAAGGGUCUUCCUAUUAAUGGAAGAAGGUAAUUUUUAGGAUGUGUAUUAUUUCAGUUUUGUAUGUUUAACUUUUAUUAAAUAAAGUGUUUUUAAAAUCUC